AUGGAUGCGAAAAAGGCCAGAAGAAACGCGAAAAGUUCGCUAACACGCCGCAGUAAUAAUUUAUACAGCAUGAUUGAAAACAACCGGCCUGUUGAAGAGAUAACAGAAGCGCUAGAACUAGUAGAAAUAGACUAUAAAACUGUCGUACAAAAGCAUGAGGCUUUAGUAGAAAAGGUCGAUGACGAAGAAUUUGAUAAGGAAGAAAAAUGGAUCGAAGAUUGCCGCGAGAAAACAUUAAUUUUGAAAUUCAGAGCGAAAGAUUAUAUUUUGAAAUCAAAACAGGAACAGGUCACCCAAGACACAUGCACAGAAAAUGAUAUAGCUAAGAAAACACAGGAAACCCAAGAAAAUAACGGAGAAAAUACCAACACAGCUAUUAUAGAGAAUCAAAUACCAGAACCAAACACACAUAGCAAUUCUCAAGAUGUAGAAAUUACCGAAGAAACAGAACAAACAGUUCAGGAAUUGACACCCCAACCGGCAGUACAGCAAAUGGAUAAUAAUGCAGAGAGUCAGUUUAUCCCUUUUGUAGAUGAUGAAGGAAUUAUCAGAGUCGAAGGUCGUUUGAGCAAAGCAAUGGCGACGUACGACUGCAAGCAUCCCGCAAUGUUGCCAUACAAACAUUGGGUAUCCCUAUUGAUAACGCGUCACAUGCAUCGACGAGGACAUUCUGGUAUCGCCUCAACCAGAGAUGAUACAAGGUUGGGACAUCAAACACUUCAUGAUUUCUGUGCUGAAAAUGGAAUGGUAUGGCAGUUUAUAACGCCUGCAGCGCCGCACCAAAACGGGGUCUCUGAAGCUUUGGUGAAGAGCAGUAAAUACGCGUUAAAGAAAGCAAUCGGAGAGCAAGUACUAACACCAUUCGAGUUGUACACGUGCUUGUUAGAAAUUGCAAAUCUGGUUAAUCAGCGACCGAUUGGCCGUAUUCCAAACGACCCGGAUUAUGGAUCGUAUUUGUGUCCAAACGACAUGUUGCUUGGUCGUUCCUCGUCCAAUGUACCGCAAGGUCCAUUCAAAGCUACCAAGAACCCAAGAGAUCGUGUAGAAUUUGUGCAGCGAAUCGUAGAUUCGUUUUGGGUCAGAUGGACAACCGAUGUUUUCCCGUCACUUAACCCAAGAAAGAAGUGGAGCGUAGAUCGUAGAAAUAUCCAAGUGAACGACGUGGUGAUGACAGUGGAUACAAAUGCUGUAAGAGGAAAAUGGACUAUCGGACGAAUCACAAAAGUACAUCCCGGAUCUGAUGGCAAAGUGCGAAACGUGACAUUGAAGACCCCUACUGGAGAAUACCGAAGGCCAGUUACGAAGAUUGCAGUGAUCUACCCUCACGAAGGAUAUGGCGAUGACGACGUCGUCAUCGGCGGGGGAGAAUGUUGCGAACAGUGA